CGUCAAAAGACUAGUCAUGGUGGACACGCGCUUUCAAAAUGAGUUCGAGAGAUGAGGAAGCUGACAUGGAAUUUUUGUUUGUUAAAGAUCACAGCGUAAGUCAGCAGGAAAAAGUGAAGGCAUUCUGGAAGUUUCUGGAUGCUCAGAAUUGUUUGCAACCGCAAAUAGGAAUAUUGGAGCAUGAAUCGCCAUCGGAAACGGAAGCGUCGGUAUCGAGCGUGGAGGAAAUUAUGAAGGAGAAGGAUAUUUGGCACAAAGGAUUGCAAGUCUUCCAACAACUCGGUCUAGAUAAAACCGCUCUCGCAGCUGAUAACAGAUGCGAAUGCUGCAUUGCUCAUAAAACAAAGUUCCAGUAUGAUGAUCGCGAAGAUCUGGCCGACACGGUGACGCAGGAAUAUGAGGAAUUGAACGCUGACAUAGAGGCCUUCGAGCAGCGUCAGAAAAACCGUGACUCGAUCCUUACUCAGUGCGAAGCAUUUUGUGCUGUCCACAAAUUUACAAAUUGCCAUUGUGUAAAAACAAAGAAAUGAUCUAAUUUGACUGACUGACAUCUUAGGGCGGUCUUUUUUCAACUCGCGAAC